AUGGCUACUGAUAAUAAUGCUGCCGAAGAUCUCCAGAAGAUCAACAACCAAACGCUGGGGACAGAUGGGAAUGCUUUUCCAGUUGUAACCCUUCCUGGUGGCCAAAAGGUCCCAACUGGCACUGUGGGAGCACUUCUCGUCAACAUCAAGACAUACGAUGCAGGCAAUGAUGAUGAGAGAAAGAGCAUAGAACCAGCAAUUCGGGCCGCAAUACCCGUACUCCGGAGCGUUGGCAUGUUUGAUCUCUUUAAGCCGCAGGAAUGGGUUCAAGGGGGAAGCCCAGGGCGGGCUCUCGUCGGAAAACUAGCAAAGGAGCACGGAGAGGCUGAGCAAUGA